CAGUAGGGUAGGGAGGGCUGAAAGACAAAACAAAAGCCACACAUUUCAGUUAACAGGCGCUGGUCGCUUAUUUAAUUUUUCUAACUAAAAAGUCAGUUUCAUUCGUAAAUCAUAUUUAUUUCAGUUUAGCUGCCAUAUUAUAAACGUUUUGCAUGAUGCCCAGUAGUACGUCUUUGCUGGAGGCCGAUGAGGGAGAGUCUGAGGUCCCACCGCCGCUAGUACACGCUUUCGCCGGUAUGGGCCUUGAGGAGCAUCACGGCACCCAGAGCCAGAGCCCCGAGCAAGAAGUUGAGGGUCUUUCCUUCUCCCACCACCAUCAGCUCCCCUCGGUUUCUCAUUUCAGCCUCCUCGGUACAGUCCUCGACUUGAAGCCUUUGUCGCUCCAUCGGCCGCCUUCGGGGGAUGAGGCGAGCAAGACGACAGACGACGAGGAGCUCGAAGCGGACGAUUCUUCGAAGGCCCACCGCCACCAGCGCCUCCCGUCUGGGGCGAGCAGCUCCGUGAUGUCGACCGGGAUUGAUGUCGAGACGGCGCUGUACAGCGGAGAGGAGCUGAAAGACGGCGGGGUUGGCGGCGGCGGCGUACUACCUCCGGCUAGCAGCGUGUUGAUGCUACCACCCGGCGUGUACGGGGAGCCACCGGGCUACGAGGCCGAGCCUUCGCUUCUGAGCCGGCGGAAGAGUGUCAACACAACCGAGUGCGUGGCGGUGCCGAGCUCCGAGCACGUCGCAGAGAUUGUGGGCAGACAGGGCUGUAAGAUCAAGGCGCUUCGAGCCAAGACAAACACCUACAUCAAGACGCCGGUGAGGGGCGAGCAGCCUGUCUUCGUCGUGACGGGGCGCAAAGAAGACGUGGCCAUGGCCAAGAGGGAGAUCCUGUCUGCGGCCGAGCACUUCUCCCUCAUCAGGGCUUCUCGAAACAAAACGGGGCCCCUCUCAGCUGUUACCGGUUUAGGGGCCCCCGCUCUACCUGGACAGACAACCAUUCAGGUGCGGGUGCCAUACCGAGUUGUUGGAUUGGUUGUGGGUCCUAAAGGUGCAACCAUCAAACGUAUUCAGCAGCAGACCCACACCUACAUUGUGACGCCCAGUCGCGACAAAGAGCCAGUGUUUGAGGUCACGGGGAUGCCGGAGAACGUGGACCGGGCGCGGGAGGAAAUAGAGGCRCACAUCGCCCUCCGCACCGGAACCUGCGGAGGUAUCGAAGCUCCGGGAGUGGACAACAGUGAUUUCCAAUUCAACGGGACAGACGUCAGCUUCGACACGUCUGCGAUUCCGCUUGGUUUGGGGGAGGCCGGGUGGCUCCACGCAGGCGCGUCCUCACCAGGCGCCGGAAGCUUGCUUCCUGCCACCGUCAACGGUACUCAGCGGGUCAAUAGCAAUAUGAGCGGCGCUGCCAGGAUGUCUUCCACCUACCGCAACGACAGCUCCAGCUCACUGGGCAGCGGCUCCAGCUCGGCCGACUCUUUCUACAGCGGGGGCAACGGGAACCGGAUGGCAGAUUUCAGCCCAACCUUUCCAUUCAACGCCAAUGCCAACAAUAACAACAACAACAACGGUAGUGGUGGCAGCACAAGCUUCUGGUUUGGUGAUAACCUCCUUAGUGUGGGGUCCGAGGAGCUCCUUAGCCUGGGAGGUGGAGGCACCCCCUCAGGAUUUGAUCCGUUAACCAUUUCCACUGCCCAGACUUCGCACUCUACUGCACAGUCGCACAUUUGGAGCCCGUUCGUGGACAGCCAGUCUCUUCAGGCUUUCGAUUCUUUUCAGUCUCAGACCAGCCAGCCCGGCACCCCCCGCCUCUCUCCAACCUUCUCUGGGACCGAAGCCUUGGAGCACCCUCAGGCCCAGCGUGUUCACCGAAGGCCUUUUGGGUCAGCCGGGACCCUCGACGUCCACAGGAUCCCCUCGUACAGCUCGGCCUUCUCCUCCUCCAGUGAAAGCACCGCCUCCUCGUCCUCCUCUCCUCCCGAGUCCUCCUUCUCCUACCGUCCAGGCCUCGGACCAUCAGGGAGGGGGCAGGAGAUGUGCAUCCAGUGUAUGGAUAACCAGGUGAUCGCUGCCUUGGUUCCUUGCGGCCAUAAUCUCUUCUGUCUAGAUUGUGCCACCCAGAUAUGCCAAGGCCCAGAGGCAGUGUGCCCCGUGUGCCUGUCCCCGGCCACACAGGCCAUUCAGCUCCGCAAUAUGUGAUUUUUAUUUAUUUUUUAAUCCUUGAUGUCUGAUGAGGGGUCCGCCUCUUUAACGAAUCUGGUUCAAAGCAUAUAUGGGAAACUUACAAAACAGACCCCAAAUCAGUGUUUAGGUCUCACCCCAGCUCUGUCCAGGCUGGUGUUAAGUCAGCAAAGGUGCAGAAGUGAAAUAGGAACGAUGUUCAUUUCGGGCAUGUCCGGGUGUUCAGCCCAUARAGGUGCCUGCUGUCGUGAAGUCUGAUUGAUCAACGGGAGGAUUAGAAAUCCUCUAUGUAGCAUUAGGAGGGUUGGGAUUUAUAAGUUCUUUAUUUUUAUGUAUAUUUUCUUAAUUCCCCCUCAUUUUUAUUUUAGUAAUUAGUUUUUAUUUUCUACCCAUAGUUUUAAUAUAUUUUGUUUUUAUUAUGUUGAAUUCUGUUGGACAGAUUACUGACCUUUUUUGGUCGUCACUUUUCAAGAAAAAUAUAAAAAAUAAAUAAGCAGUAAAUUCAAAGGACAAGAACCAAGCAUGCUUACUUCUAGUAUGAAGUCCCACAGUUGGCUUUUUUUUCCCCCAGUGAAAUACGGUGCGUUUUUUUUAAUGCAACAGGAAGCUUGACAUUGUCAGAAUUCAUCUUAUUCAAGAUCAUUUUUGGAAAACAUCUUACUAUUGCUGUAAAUCAGUUCCUUUAAAAGGAUGAUUCAUGWUCGUCAAGUCUGAAUGCAGAAUUUUUAUUAGCGUGCUCACGUUAACCUCAUCUGAAAAUGUAAACAAACACUCCCACAUCUUUUUUUUUAUUAUAUACCAAAUGGGUUAAACCUGAAACGUCACACUCCAUAAGCAAUCGUUGCCUCAGAUUUUUUUCUCUUAAUAUAUAUUGUUUGCCCGUACAGACAAGAAACCAAAAACUAUAUAACUCGUUUUAUUUUUAGACAACUGGGAUGUUACGCCUCUUCAGCAUUUUGCGUUUUUAAUUUCUACGUAAAACCAGUUUACGGUAAACUCGGUGCCUAAUUCCUAUGAGUAAACGAAAGAAACAACUGGUUGUGUGGACGCGGCGCUGCUCUGUCCUCAAACUUGUGGCCUUUUUGGAAAACCUAUUAUUAGCUCACAACACUAUGUACAAAUCCAGAUUUUGGGCUCUAAAGAACACAAGCUGACAGACGGAAAUCUUAAUGUAUUUGUUGGAGUUUAGUGUCUUGCUAAAUGCAUCUCGAUGGAACAAAAGGUUAAAUCACGAGGAUGCUUUUUUUGCUCAUGGUUUAGCCUCUUUUGAAGUGUUUUUGUACCUAUUUUAGAUUUAUUUUUGUCCUUUUUUAGGUUUUAGUUUUUUUGUUUUGUUUACAUCUUUGUGUGGGAAACCAUGUGCUGGUUUUCAGCUAGAAAGCUAUGCACAUCUUGUACUUUUGUAACAUUCCUCCGUAGGAUUGUAGUCACUUUUGUAGACGGUAUAGAUGCGACUCAUCAUUCUUACGUAAAACCUCACCCGGGAACAAAACAGUAGUUGAUAUUGUCAGCUUUGAUCUGGAACAAAUCCCAGUGAAGUGCACACUGGCUGAUUAAUUUUUUUUGUGUGUGGUUCUUUAAAAUUUUGAAGCCAUCUCAAUAAUUUCCCUUUUCUUCUUUUACUUGAAUGUUGAUUCUCUCGGGUUGCUCCGACCUGGAGCUGUCCGGUAAUUUUAUUAGGAUGUGAAAUUGGGGGGAUGAAGACCAUCCAUUGCUUUAUUCUGCUAUCAAACAUCUUGUCUGCCCUGCCUAUGCAAAAAUCAUCUCAGUAUUUUAACUAGUCCAGGAUCGCAGCAGCUAGUUGAAACUCAGACUUUGGACAUCCCUUUAGUUAUUUAUUUUCCCCCCUUCAUAAAACACAUCAAUGAGAUGUUUCUAGUGGUACACACUUCUGUUUUAUCAGCUCAUGUGUUUGCUGCUAAGCACAGCCUUUCCUCCUACUAAUCACACUUCUGGGACAAGCACAUCUUCAUUUCCCUCCAAAUGUUCAUCUUCCUGAAAAGGUACAAAGUCGGUGGAAAUCAUCUCAAGUAUUAGCUUUAAAAAAAACAGUGGCUCUAGAGUUUUAACAGGCUUGAAUAAAUUCUGACUUAUUUUUUUAUUUUCGGAAAGAGAAGCGGCAGUUGGAAUGAGUUCACCGUGGAACUGCUGACACUACGUACCGUCAAUAAUGGCUGCUUUUAUGUUUCUGGACAUUGGACUGCGGUCACUGUCGCAUUCCAGCUGGAAUUCAUUACAYCAGUUAAUUCUUCUGCAUCUUCUUUUUUUUUUCCUGUCACGGGUGAUUGAGCUUUCAUGAGAAAAUGGAACCAAACCAAUCCCAAACGUGCAAAAAGGAGAAAAAAAAAAGUCCAUCUGCUUCUGUCUCUGCUGGGUUUUCUAUCCGUCCCACUUACGUACUUCUCUUCUAAGAGUUACUUUUUUUUGUUCUUUCUCUCUGAGGGAAUGCAAUACAUAAUCAGCCCUCAGUUAAAUGACAUGAAUCUAUUGACAUUUUUGUGUAUGUAUUAUAUAUUACUGUUAAUGACUGAUAAAUACACAGAACUUAUUUUUUAUUUUGUUACAUUUCGUAUAUACAUAAAUAUAUCUAUAUUAAAAUGUUUACAAUAAAAUUUACCUUUUUUUAAUUUUACUUUAUGAAUGAUUAGGUGAAUGAAGAGUUGGGAAAUCCAGAAAUGUUGCAGGAGAGUUUCAGUGCUGUCUGCUUGUAGUCUAGUUCUUAGUUUACAGUAUUGAUGAUGAUGAUAAUAGUAUUGAUUAGCUGCCGUUAAACCUAGCUGAAAGUGGAAUGUGCAUCACGAGCAUGUCUUGUUAAUUUACCGCCAUUGUGGAACAUCACUGCAACUGUAAAAAAAAAAGGCCAAGGAUUCAAGCUGCCUGUAAUGUCUGUACAACACCAAAUUUAGAACGGUAUCCUAUUACAAAUGUAUCUUCUAUUACCUAUAUAUGAAUACAUAUUGUUGAAAGCUGUAACAACGGUUCAGAGUAUUUGCUAAUUUUACUACACCUUUUUUUUUGUUGUUGUAUAUGUGUAGGAGGAGUCUUAAGGCAUAUAAAUUCUUCAAAAUAAGUCAGGAGUUUAAAAGCAGACUAUAUUUUAUAAUGGCCUUUUAAGUUAUUGCGGCCAAAGCACUGAUAUUAUAUAUUUGCUGUAAAGAGAAUUUUAAGAGUUUUAUUUUUCUGAUAUUAAAGUUACGUAAUAAAGACGGUUUCAUUUAAAGCCA